UGCUGGUUUGCUCUGUGUGUGCGGGAAAUCAUGCAGUGUUGAGCUCUGACUUGCGAGAUUCUCUUUUAGCCUCCAUCGUCCUGUCAAAUGUUAUUUUGCUGGCAGAUGUAAAAAUUGUGUGAUUCAGACCUCCAGUCCAGACACUCCGGCCUGGUUAUAUAGCCUUGCUUAAUGCUUGACCUGAGCUCAAGCUCACUCUCUAUUGACUGAAAGAAUCACUCCACUUCACCCCACCCACCACUUGUGUUUUGUUUUCUGCUACUACCUUUCAUUUCCUGGUUUGAUGAUCAAAUUUGCAUUUUGUCUACCGCUCGACCGCUUCUGCUCUCACUUAAACUGUCACUGAGGGCUGGAUGAGAUUCGGUUUGAUAGCCUAUUUCUAAUUUGGGAGUGCCGACAGUCUCCUUGGAAAUAUGGAGAAAAUGUCAAGCUUUCAAUGUUCCUCAGUGGAAGAGGGGGGGGGGUGAUAAUAACCCGCAUGUGCUCCUUGUUUUCAACUGGUGCCGUGUGGACUUGUUUUGUGUGUGGAGGGGGAGAGAAAGCCUCAUCAAAAUGGAUGCCGUAUACCUUCGAGAGCACAGAGAGGAGAGGCGCCGAUCCGCUCGCCGUCUUGCUCUUAGCGCUGCAUUUCACGUGCCCAUGGCCCUUUGCGUGCUUUAAUGGGGGGGGGGGGAGAGUCUCGGUCGCAAAGAAUAGCGGGCGAGCGGUUCUCUCUGCAUUGCAGCAGUGUAGCCGAGGAGAUUGAGAAGCAGAAAAGCUUAUGUGGUACAUUGAGCCGGCCGUCCAAUCGGGUACCUCGGAGUGGCGCUCAAACCAAUCGGGCGCUUGCAGCCGAGGUUAAAGAUUGACAAUCGCUGGAGGAAGCAGCGGGGAGAGAGGAGGCCUUCUGGGAUACUUGGAACCAUCGUUUCCCUCAUUUCACAACGCCCUCUAUCAUUGAAAAGAGUUACAAAAAAAUAGGCUGAAGAAUUCAUGAUACGCAUCAUCACGUCCGAGGAGGAGGGAGGGGGAGAGUGCUUGGGGAAGAAGAUUUGAAAAGAGAGGAAGAAAAAAAAAAAAGCUCUGCUCUCUUGACAGAAAGCCUGUAAACAACAAUAGCAAUGACGUCACGCUGCCUCCAAAACAGCAGUUGAAAUAAAGAAGGCUGACCCUCCAACAGAGAAAAUGGAAAGCUCAAUGCGAUCUAAAGACGCAGGCUCGACGGAGCGGACGACCCAGAAACGAAAGAUGCCAAGUCCCUCCCACUCAUCAAAUGGUCACUCGUCUGCUGACACCUCCCCCAGCCCGGUGAAAAAGAAGAAGAAACCAGGUGCUGUUGGCAGCACCAAAGACCAGUCCGAACUAAGACAUGGCCCCUUUUACUAUGCCAAGCAGCCGGCACUCACCACAGAUCCUGUUGAUGUUGUACCGCAGGACGGCAGGAACGACUUCUACUGCUGGUUGUGCCACCGUGAGGGUCAGGUGCUCUGCUGUGAGCUCUGCCCCAGGGUGUACCACGCCAAGUGCCUCAAACUACCAGACGAGCCUGAGGGCGACUGGUUCUGUCCGGAGUGUGAGAAAAUAACAGUUGCUGAAUGUAUCGAGACUCAGAGCAAAGCCAUGACACUGCUGACUAUUGAGCAGCUGUCUUACCUCCUCAAGUUUGCUCUUCAGAAGAUGAAACAACCAGGCGAUCAUCCCCGCUUGUCAUCUCGCUCUCCCCACGCAGCUUCCACGCAGAGAAAGACUUUUAAUUGGACGGAGCUCUUCCAGAAACCCGUUUCGCUCGAACAGCACCCGGACUACGCCGAAUAUAUAUUUCACCCAAUGGACCUUUGCACUCUUGAGAAGAACAUCAAAAAGAAAAUGUACGGCUGCACGGAGGCCUUCUUGGCAGAUGUCAAGUGGAUUUUGCAUAACUGCAUCAUAUACAACGGAGGCAACCACAAACUGACAGCCACAGCUAAAGUUAUCGUCAAGAUCUGUGAACAUGAGAUGAAUGAGAUUGAAGUCUGUCCUGAGUGUUAUCUGUCUGCUUGCCAAAAGAGAGAGAACUGGUUCUGUGAACCCUGCGGUAACCCUCACCCUCUGGUAUGGGCUAAAUUGAAAGGUUUCCCCUUUUGGCCCGCCAAAGCUCUGCGUGACAAAGACGGACAGGUGGAUGCUCGCUUCUUUGGUCAGCAUGACAGGGCUUGGGUGCCUUUAAAUAAUUGUUACCUCAUGUCCAAAGAGAUUCCCUUCUCCGUGAAGAAGACUAAAAGCAUCUUCAACAGCGCCAUGCAAGAGAUGGAAGUCUAUGUGGAGAACAUGAGGAAGAAGUUUGGUGUCUUUAACUACGCCCCCUUCAGGACACCCUACACUCACGACAACAGCUUUCAAAUGCUGCAGGACCCCUCGUCAACCCCUUUCAAGGCGGAGAAACAGGAAAAGAUCAAGUUGAGCUUUGACAUGACCGCAUCGCCCAAGAUCUCGCUAUCCCGGGCCGUGUUGUCUGGCGUCGGAGGGAUCGUGACGGGCCGUCGGCCACCUCUCGGCGACGGGCCUCGCUCCCCCGUGAGCACCAAUUCUUCCGCUCAUACGGGUUCAGACGGCGAGGACACAACAGACAAGUCCCACGGGAAGGCCGUAAACAGCCAGGGAAGUGUCGGAGAAGAGUCAAUGGACUGCACAGUGUCACCAACUCAUCCUCGACCAAGUCAAGUUGAGCAUUUGUCCGACAGCACCAAAUCUUUACAUUCGCAAUCUCCUGGCAACACCAAACAAGAGAAGACACAGCUGACGGGAAGCAUUUUGAAUCUCAAUCUAGAUCGAAGUAAAGCAGAAAUGGAUCUAAAGGAACUCAGUGAAACGGUUCUGCAGAAGCUAGGGGCCACCCCUGUUCUCACCUCUCCAAAAAGGCAGCUCAAGAGCCGUUUCCAGACCAACUUGGACAAAACCAUCGAAAGCUGUAAAGCGCAGCUCGGUAUAAAUGAAAUCUCUUCGGAGGCGUACAAAGCUGUGGAGCACAGCGACACUGAGGACUCCGAGGGUAAAUCCGACUCAAGUGACACCGAGUACGGCAGUGACGAAGCACCCAAGGUUGAAGAUUCCCAGGAUGCUACACGCACUGACGAAGCCCAGAACAAGAGUAGAGACCAGGAGCAAUCAUCACCAAAGGCCAACAUGCCUCUGCUGUCUGAGCCCACAGCAGAGGAUGUUAGCUCAAUGCAGUCAGAGACGCCGGCUCAAGAAAAACUUCUGGAGAAAGAUGGUCCGGAGAAGACCAAAUCCCCUCCACCAUUGCCCGUGUCCAGGGAGAAGGGACAAGUGAAAGAAGAUAUGAAGCAAAAUGCGCCCGUGGAGGAUUCUGACUCCGAGGGGGAGCUGGUUAUUGACCUUGGGGAGGACCAAGGGAAAAGGGAGAGGAAGAGACGUAAAAAAGACAGCGCUAAUGCUAAAGAGUCAUGUGCUAGUAAACCUGAAGGUAAAUCCCUGACCCCUUCAACAUUCCCGUCUCAAAGCAGCACAACCCCUUCCACACCCUCCAGCGUUGCCUCGCAGUCCCCGAUGGCCAUUCCCGUCAGCAUGAUUGCCGCCAACGUCAGCCUCGCCACCGUCUCCAACGCCCCGGCAACUCCGCCCUCUUCGUCCUCAUCUUCAGCCUCCGCCACCCCGGGAUUGAAGAAACAGCGCCCCCUGCUGCCUCGAGAGACUGCGCCUGGAGGGCACAGCGCCACCGUGUGGAAUCCCAGCGGCAAGCCCCAGAACUCCUCGCAGAAAUGGCUCCUGCGUCAGCAGCAAGGCCAGCAGCCGGUGGCAGCCGCGCAAAUUCAAGACAACAGCUCGGCAUCGGCGUUUUCUGCACAGCCGUCUUCGCAAAGCACACGUUCCCACACCAGACAGUCCAUCAAAGCUGUCACCCUGGUGUCCGGCUGUCCCGCAUCAGCAUCUGGAUUAGGCACAUCAUCUCCGUCCUCCUCCAUGGAAACGGAGCAGUACAUCUCCACAGCCUCAGCAGACGCCGCUGCGGACAUCGCCAAGUACACGAACAAAAUGAUGGACGCAAUCAAAGGUACAGUGACUGAAAUCUGCAGCGACCUCUCCAAGAGCUCUUCAGGGAAUACGCUUGCUGAGAUGAAGCGGCUUAGAAUUGAAAUUGAAAAACUACAGUGGCUCCAUCAGCAAGAGUUGUCAGAGAUGAAGCACAAUCUCGAGCUUACAAUGGCUGAGAUGAGGCAAAGUCUGGAGCAGGAGCAAGAGCGCUUGGUGGCAGAGGCCAAGAAACAGACGGAGAUGGAGAAGCAGCAAGCGGUGGAUGAGACCAAGAAGAAACAGUGGUGCGCCAACUGUCGAAAAGAGGCCAUCUUUUAUUGCUGCUGGAACACCAGCUACUGCGAUUACCCUUGUCAGCAGGCCCAUUGGCCCGAACACAUGAAGUCCUGCACUCAGUCCGCCGCAGGUCCGCAGCAAGAAGUCGAGACGGAGUCGGCGGCGGACUUGUCGAACAAAGGAGCGGGACAACCUAACUGUGGACCAAACGCUCUGCGAGAAGCGCCGAUUUCCGCGUCUUCAGAUAAAGACUGUGAAAGCGAAGCCAGCAGUGACAAAGCUGCUGUCACUCCAUCUUAACGGUGUGCAAUAUACUUGAUGUUAUUUUUUUUUUUUUCUACCCGCUACACUGAUUGAUGUAUACAGUUUGUUCUAUAUGUAUGCUGUUGAAGUGGCUGUAUCCAAAGUCUUUUUUAUUUACUGUUGGGUUUACAAUAUUGGGAUUCAUUUUGGCUGCCCGUCUACUGUACAGUGUUCUUUUUCUGUUUUGAAUGAGAAACUAAGACUGACAGCAGUGAGAAGAGGUGCAGUGUCCUUGCACUCGUUGUUAGGUCGCUCUUUAACAGCAUGCGUCACUCAAUCUUCUCUCAACGGAUUAAAUUGGCAAAUGAUGGCACCUACAUUGCUGGAUCACUUCACUAUUGGAGUGCUACUGCCAAUUGAAGAGUUCGUGGUUAGUUCCGGUAAUUUAUGUUUGUAUUUAAUAUGAUGCCUGCUCCAUAUUGUACGCUGACGAGAAGACAUUUUCAACAAGCUCUUUGUGUUUUUUUUUCCUUCUUAUUGUAAGUAGGCUACAGUCAAUUAAUCAUUAACAAAUCGAGCUGUUUAAUUUGUGCUGCUCAACUCAAACCAUUGCCACCAGAAAUGUAGAAAUACUGGCGCUUUAUUCAUUUUAUACAACAUUUUGCUGACUAUUUCGUACUUUUCCGCAUGUGUAAGUGAAAACAAAACCGAAAACGAGAGCAGACGGACCGACGUACACGGAAGACCUAACUACUUAAUUGCAUUUGAACACACCCAUCGUCUCUGUACUCGAGGACACCAGCGUGUUUAAUACUUGAAGGACCCGCCUUUGCUUGUUUAUUUGGCCAUUUGUUCUAAGUGGUAGAAAAUUGAUACUGCUAAGUAUUUCCUUAUGUACAGUCACUAAUAUCAAUGAGUACAGAGAUGACGAGACGAAGACAGCGGGGGUCAAGGUCCUCUUUCACCGGCUCACUGAUUGUGCACACCCAGAAUUGGCUCACGGCUGGCCGUUAAGACGGUGGGAAGCGGCGGACAUCAGAACUGUGGAAAAGAAGCCAAAAUUAGUUUAGGGGAAUUCAUUGUGUUUGUUUAGACAAUCACUUUCAAGAUGUAGAAAGGCAUGGCUUACAUUCUUGAGGAACUCCUCUGCGACGAUACGGGCUCUGGCAUUAACGGACAGCUUCAUCUCGCUGAUCUCCUUGUCGAUUUCCUCCAUGAAAUGGAUGACAAAGUCCACCAGCUUGUGUUUGUACAUUUGCUCCGUGUGGAAGUUGGUGACCAAGAAGCUUAUAUCAUAGCCCUGAAAGAAAAGGUGUCAGAACAUUUCAGUGCAGGAUUUUUGUUGUUGACAUUAUCGUUCUUGUUAAUUACCAUGCUCAGUGCUUUUUACCUCAACUGCCUUCCUCCUCAGAAUGAAGAAGUUCUCUGCCCUCAUCAUCAUGAAUCGCAUGAACUUGUGGCAAAGGAUCUUUUCGAUCUCAUCAGCCUGAAGUGGCAGAAUUGGAACGGUUGUUUUUAAUAAUGUAUAGCACACAAAAAAAGUAGGACCUCCCCCCAAAAAAAACUUUCUACUGACAUCAUGUGCUCAAUAAAAGGAGUUCAUUUUUUGGGAACCCAAAAAUAGAAAGACAAAAAUAAAAAGGUAAUUUGAGGCAGAAUUAAUGUUUUGAAUUUUAAUAGAGGCCUUGUGAAGUAAUGAAGUGUGGCAAUGGAUCUGCUUGCUAUAGGUCAUUGAAAUUUAUGAAGCUCCACUGGACUGAUUUGAAGUAGCUCAUUACCUGCUUGACGGCAAUGCUGACCCUGACAGAGUUGAUGGAUCCCUCGAUGAGAACCUUCUCCUUCUCAUUGCGGCUGAUUACAACAGGCUGAAGAAGCAGCUCUUUACUGCUCCUGGAAACCACAACAAAGGCAAUAAUUUGUCUGGGACGUAACACAAAGAUAUGAAUAAAAAGUCUCAAAUUAUCCCAAAUUAAACUGCAGUAGUACGUCGGACUGCUCGUUCAUUUUCAGAGAGCACAGUAGCUGCAGCAAGCCAGUUUCAUACCUCCAGCAUUUUUCCACCUAUGGAGACUACCUUGUGCAAGUUUGCACAGGUUGAAACUUGUGUGGAAGUAGCAAUCCUCUGCAAAGCAGAAUGUCAUACCUGACUUCCACUUCGGGCUUGUUGUGACGCUCCACCACCUGAGAGGAGAAGUUCUCCAGACACAUGGCCGCCUGCAGGGUGGCCCUCACAGCGUUUAAGUAGGGACGCAGAGUCGCAGUC